CCAAGUUCUCCCUGCUACCCUCAUGUCCUGAGCCGCCGCUGCCGCCGACGCCCACUACCGCCCGCUGCGCGCAACGAGGCUGGUGGCCGCAUGCUCCGCCCGCUGAAUGUGAGGUCACUGGAUACGGUUGCCUAAACGAGCGAUGCCGCAUUGUGACGGGCACGAGCGCUAGCGAGGUACGAGUGACUCGCUCGGAGUGGGACGUGUUGGGCGUUGCACUCUGCCACCACCAUCCACCGACGCCUGCGUCCUCAUCCUCUCGUAUUCAUCGUCUUGCUCGCAUUAUUCUCUUCUAUUAGUCUUGCUUUAUAUAUAUAUUCCAAUCAUCGCGCUCCUGUUCAUUGCCGUAUCGCCCAACGCAACCCGCAUAUACUAACGCUCCGACCCGUUUAAUGCUCUCGAAGGAACAACGCAAUGCACAUUCUCGUUCACGACACACCACUCCUCCCUCAGACUCGUGCUCCGUAUUUGAUGACUACCCUACUGCCUCGUAUUCUCCUGCCAGACCGUCCCCGUCCCCGCCGCCAGAGGCCGCGAUCCCAGAGCCGGUGUCUGAUCCUAACGCGCUCCGCAAGAGCAUCGGCGAGCUCAUGACAUUUGGCGACGUUGACGAUCCUCCGGGAAGGGUGAGCGGCGAAGACGAUCUCAUGCGCGUAUAUGAAGUCGAGAAACGACCUGUGUCGCCCCCGGAACGCUCCAACGCGUCGCCAGCAGAUGACGCGCACGUUGCGCAUGUCUCGACAAAUGUUGGCCAUACGAGGGCUCCAAUGCUAGCUCGAGAACCAACAACCUUGGAGACGUUCUCGCGGACGAUCCGCCAAUAUGUACCUUCAUCCAUACCUAUACCCAGCGCUACCCCUUCGCCACCACGCGUCUCGCGCCCGGUGUCGUUCGGCAGCUUUCUCACUCCUUUGAUGGCCCAAUAUGCUCACGAAGCAGGCCCGUCUUCAUCUGGAACCUACAGACGUCGAGCGAGCGAUGCGACGAUUGCGGGAUCCAGUGAUCGGGACUGGGGCGGGCGACGUACGCCAGGUGAAGAGAAUGCGAUCUUUGACCUGGACGAAGAGCUGCCACCGAGCACUGGCCAUCAGGGUCGUAUAGCCGCGUUGUAUCCGGGCGUCGACAGCAAGGAGGAGAUUACCUGGGCCGGCUGGGACCAGCUAGUCGAGGGUGAUCCGGCAAAGCUGCGUCGUGUCCUCAUGCUUGGUUACCACAACGGCCUGCAGGUCUGGGACUGUUCAGAUCUUGGAUCCGUGACGGAGAUCCUCAACCUCUCGGGUGAUUCGUGGGGUUCGGUAGAGCUAAUGAAGGUGCUGCCGUCGGUAAUGAAUUCGACGGAGGACAAAUUUAGGCGGAGUAGGCCACUGAUGGGCGUGUUGUCGUCCUCCGGAGAUCGACGUUCUCUACUGAUCUAUUCUCUGAGGACUCACGCGGUAGUCCAGACAUUGACACUGCCAGGGCUCUGCACGUUCUCGGCGUCCAACGACUUUGUUGUUCUGAGCGCGGCGAGCCCUCCUACUAUCUCCAUUCUCUCUUCAUCCACUUUCAGGACACUGUAUACUAUCUCAUCAGCGUCGAUCGCUCCUUUCGCAAUCCCUUCCUUUAUCAAGAGCACUCCUCAUGCUCCUACGUUAGAUUUAGACGGAGACCCCAACUCACCCCAACAUAUGUACAACCCGACGCCUCAACCCGUAUUCGCGCUAUCCAAUCGACUCCUCGCAUUUGUCGCGCCGCUCGCGCCGACCGACCUGCGCCCAGUGCCGAGCAUCACGCACCUCGCCGAUGCCGCCGCCGACGCGAAGCUCGGCCUCGCGCAGGUCGACCUCGGCCAGGCGGCGGUCAAGAUCGGCGGGAGCGUUCUGCAUGGGAUGAAGAGCCUCGGAGGGAUGGCGAUCGCCGCGGCGAAGGCUGGCGUCUCCGCUGCUACGUCUGAGGCGGCGGCCGUGGCGACCAAGGCGGGAGCUGCCCCCACUGGGCUGACUAGUAUGUUCUUCUCCAGGAGCGCCCCCACUGCCAGUGUUGCUGGUCAGUCACGGCGGUCUUCGAUAUCUGUGCCGCCUGGAACCCUUGCUUCUCCUUCAGCGCACCCUUCUGGCGAACGACGCCAUGAUUCGCCCUCUCAUUCCUAUCGGUCGGCAAUCGCUCCUGUAGUCGGAGGCAAGGUGGUCGUGUUUGACCUCAAGCCGCUCCUCGUUUGUUCUCCAGAGCCGGACAAGAUCGCCGAUUUCAUUGGCUCGAAACACCAGCCGAUAAGUAGCCUUAGAUUCUCCGCGAACGGAACGUCUCUAGCAAUGUCCUUCAAGGAUGGCCGUGAUGCGAAAAUCUACAGGCUCAGGCCUAUAGCUAGGGCAUUGCGUGCAUUGCCUACCAGCGGGGAGGAAGGCGACCAAGGUCAGUCGACUGGUGACAGAACUGGCCCUCAACGGCAUUCCCGUGGUUCUUCACAGCAACCUGUCCCCAUUGAACCGCCGUGGCACGUCUAUAGUCUACGGCGCGGGCGCACAUCUGCGAUCGUUGAGGACAUGGACUGGUCAAAUGAUGCGCGGUGGUUCGCUAUUGGGACCCGUGCCCGCACCGUGCAUGUCUUUGCUGUCAACCCGUAUGGAGGACGUCCUGACGAGGCUAGCCAUCUGUCUGGAAGGGUGAUGAACACGACGACCAUUCCACCUCUCUCGACAGAGGUCCAUUCUCUAAUUCGCAUGCACAUGGACCAGAUGCCCUCGCCUCAAUCACGCCACGCACCCCUUGCAUUCCAAUUUAUUCGCUCAUCCUCCUUUUCACUGCCGUCCUCUCUCCUUCCGCCUACUGCAGUGACGUUCUCCACGUCCUCCUCUCCCUCAUCUGUCCAUUCCACUGGACAGACGUCCCCUACGAAGACGGCUCGAAGGCUUACCAACUAUCAAGAUGUCCUGCUGUUCGAUCCGUGCGACGGGACGCUUUCGCUACGACGCUUCUUCAUUGACCGGCACGCCGAUGAGCACGGAUCCAUAGGAUCUAUCCCGAUUGGCGGCAGCACUAGUAUGUCUCUUCCUGGUAUGAAUGCGCUCGCACGGGUCAGUACGUCGCCCGUCAGCAGCGGGACGAGCCCGCAACAAUCUUCUACGCUCAAUCAGGUUAUGGAGAAAUCCGCGAAGCUUGUCGCACGAGAAACGAGAGUAGGCACUUGGUAUCUCAGACGCGGGCGAGACUGGCCAGAGGUGAAGCAGGUAUUGAGACAAGAGGCAAGACAACCAUAUAUAGCGCGUCCAGGGAAAACAGAUUGGUUGUCAUGCGCGGAGUUGUCUACGCACUCUGCGUCUCCUCGCAUCUUGCCGCGCUCCAUCUAUCUGUCACACCAGUUCAGCUUCUACUCUCUAGGAGAGGACUACCACGCUGUUAUUCGCAGCCACCACUUCGAUGUCCCUGCAGCUCGAUUCGAGGUCCGCAAGAGGGUGGAGGUGAAUGCCUACCCCGCAGGGUUCGAAGAAGGGUUUGUGCAGGACCUCGGCGCAACAGGCGCCAUCGGACGAACUUCGUCCUCGUUCGAUGGACCUUUGGCGUCCGCACUAUCAGCAGAGAUGUCUCCUAUGCAUCCGUCGACACCGAUCUUGCCUAUGUUCCCCAAUGGCGCCCCGGGUUCCACCGCCAGGUCUUUCAGGCGAACGAUACCGAUACGCAACGUAGCUGCUGGCCUCGGUGACAGUAUGUCUGGGGGCCUAGGAAGGCUGCGGCGGGAGAUUAGAAAGACCCGAUCUCCUCGGUUGACAGCCCGUCCAGACGAUCAUAUGCCAUCCUCGGUCCCGCUCGAGUUCGAUGAAGAGGAUGAGGACUUUUUGUUUGACGACGUCGGACCCGCGAUACCUGAAGGCGUCAUGAUGUCGCGCUCUGUGUCGCGUGGUGAAGGUGACUCGGGCGAGUCUGUCUCGACGCCCUCGAGCACUAUCGAGCCGCUCCCCUUGGAGGACGACAUGGACGAUAUGUGGCGAGGCUGGGACCCUGAGGACCAGCAGGCCAUCGAGGACGCGGAGCAGUUUGAUGAUAUCACGAUGGGUUUAAUGGACGAGGAGCAGAGCGAGGCGGAUAAGAAACGGUACAGGACCGGGCGGAUCGUGCAUAGGACCUAGGUACGGAGGACAGACACGGGCACGGUGCUUCUUGACGGACGUUAUGUGUGAAGUAGUAAUGUACUGUAAGCAUGUAUCAUAGGAUAAGUUUAUGAAGUAGUAGGAAAGAAGAAAUGCAUCUUGUUAGACAGAC